GGUAAUUCUGGGACACUCUGUAUAUACGAGUAAUCUCGAAUCGCUCACAUGUAUACUGACGCGAUACAAGAGUUUACUAAUCAUACGUUUUAUCAUGACCAUGGGUAUAUUAAUUUUACAACAAUGACGAAGUGAACUACAUGUGGGAAUUAGCGCGUUACAACUUCGGGAAGUCUCUGUAGUGGCAAUAACUUUGUAUCCUUUACAACAAAGCGUGAAGAAUUUCUACUAAUGCAUCUGAUCCGAUGCUGUUUACAUUACAUUUUGGGAGCCACAUCGUAUAACCUCUAAAAUAUCGCGUGACAACAGUUCAAUUUCACCGAGUGUUUUAUUCACUCUUAUAGAAAUUUCUUUGAUUUUAUAAAGCGGUAACAAUGGCAGGGUGUUACGACAAAUUAUCUUGGACAGAAGUACGGGAUUUAUUGAGAACCUGGAGAGAAGAUUCCGAACGACGAAGUAAAGAUGUAGUGGACUUUUGGGAUAAUACAUUAAUAGGAAAGAUUGACCGUUUAGGCAAUGAAAAAUAUCUGGUUCUGGAACAAGUAUGUGUAGCCGCGUUGGAUUGUUACCGCCUGUCACUUGCUGAAUAUUGCAUUAAAAUUUUAAUGCGCGCAUUUCCUGGCAGCUUGCGUGUUCAUAAAUACCAUGCCAUGCAUUUGGAAGCAUUAGAAAUGUACGACGAAGCAAUGGAAGUUUUGGAGUCUAUUAUAAAAAGAGACGAGACUAAUGCAGCACCAAGGAAACGUCGUGUUGCUAUUUUGAAAGCUCGAGGACGUAUUCCAGAGGCAAUCAAAGAACUUACAGAAUAUCUGAAAAGAUUUAUGAGCGAUCAAGAAGCAUGGCACGAGUUGUGUGAUCUUUAUUUGCAAGAACAAGAGUAUUCCAAAGCAGCCUAUUGCAUGGAAGAACUUAUAUUGCAUAAUCCACAUAGCCAUUUAAUUUACCAAAGAUACGCUGAAAUAAAGUAUUCUCAGGGCGGAUUUGAUAAUAUGGAGUUGGCGAAAGCAUAUUUCUGCCAAGCAGCAAAAUUAAAUCCAAAUAAUGUUAGAGCUUUAUAUGGCUUGUUAUUAACAACAAACAAUAUUGCAACAUCACCUAAAUGUCCUGCAUCCAAGAAGAAGGAAGCAAUGAAGCUGAGCGAAUGGGCUAGUAAACAAAUUGAGAAACAAUAUGAAAGUAAAGUUUCGAAUGAAGAUGUUAAAAACGUAGAACGUUUACUAGGACAACUGCAACUUGAAGCUUAGGUACUGUUAUCUUUGACAAAUUGUAUAUUUAUUUUAAUUUUGUAACAAAAGUAAAUAGCAUAUGUUUAAACAUAUUGCAUAUAACUAUUUCCAAAGAAUCUAUCGAGCACGAGAAAUUUUAGAUAUUUUUUAACUCUAUGCAGUUAAAAAAAAAAGGUAAUAAAAAUCUGAUCAUGAUUGAUGUAUUCAAACAGUAUUAUCUUUUAUUCUAUUUUUCAAUUGUGUAAUGUACAUGAUUAUGUUCCAAGAGUAUAAUUUUGUUCAAUGUCGAUAUAAAAUGCAUAUGUUGAUAUAUUAUUAAUCAAUCAAUUAGUAAGCUCUAUACAGUUUUCAAGUUUUAGCUGCACUAUAUAUAUUAUAUUAUU